UUCAGCCUCUUCACUCUGGUCUCUAGCCUCAGGACAAGAAACAUCAUCAGCAGCCAUCAUGACCUCACAUGUCAUCUCUUCCCGGUCCAUCAGGACCUCCUCCAGCAGCAGCAGCCUCGGAGGCUUCGGUGGUGGCAGAGUGGUGUCUACUGGCAGCGUCUAUGGCGGAGCAGGAGGCCAAGGCGUCCGCAUCUCCUCUGCCGGACGCCUGGGAGCAGCGGCAGCAGGUGGUGGCUUCAGUUCCUCCAUGAGCUACAGCUUGUCGGGCACAGAUGACAAUAUCGUCGGCAGCGAGAAGUUCACCAUGCAGAACCUGAACAACCGCCUGGCCACGUAUCUGAGUAAGGUUCACGCUCUGGAGAAGGCCAACGCUGACCUGGAGCUAAAGAUUAGACAGUUUGUGGAGAGCAAGGUCGGCCCCAGCACCAGAGACUACACUGCCUUCUUCGCCACCAUCGCUGACAUCACUGGCAAGAUCCAGGUUGCCGUCAGACUCAACGGCGCCGUACAUCUCAGCAUAGACAAUGCACGAUUGGCUGCCGAUGACUUCAGGACCAAGUACGAGAAUGAGCUGACCAUGCGCCAGUCGGUGGAGGCUGACAUCAAUGGUCUGAAGAGAGUCCUGGAGGAGAUGAACCUGGCCAAGGCAGACCUGACUCUGCAGAUCGAAGGCCUGAAAGAGGAGCUGCUCUACCUGAAGAAGAACCAUGAGGAGGAGCUGCUGGCCAUGCGCACUCAGAUGAGCGGACAGGUGAACGUGGAGGUGGACGCGGCUCCAGCUGAGGAUUUGAACAAAAUCAUGACAGAGAUCCGAGAACACUACGAGGCCAUUGCCGCCAAGAAUCAACGUGAUUUGGAGACCUGGUUUACAACCAAGACUGAGGCCCUGAACAAAGAAGUUAUCACUCAGACAGCAACGCUACAGACAACCCGCUCAGAGGUCACGGAGGUCAAACGUACACUGCAGUCUCUUGAGAUUGAGCUUCAGUCCAUGUUGGGAAUGAAAGCAUCUCUGGAAGCUUCCCUGGUUGAGACACAGAAUCGUUAUUCCAUGCAGCUCUCUGGAUACCAGGUGCAGGUGACGUCUCUGGAGGAGCAGCUGGCGCAGCUGAGAGCCGACAUGGAGCGACAGUCCCAGGAGUACCAGAUGCUGCUGGACAUCAAGACCAGGCUGGAGCUGGAGAUCGCCGAGUACAGGAGGCUGCUGGACGGAGAGAGCCUCACCACCUCAACAACGACCACCAAAACAAAGCGAGUGGUGGUGAUAGAAGAGGUGGUUGAUGGGAAAGUGGUGUCCUCCUCCACCUCCUCCUCUUCUUUCUCCACUUCCUGAGAGAGACGGAGAGACUCCACUCCUCCUGCUCAAACAGGAUCAUCUGAUCAUGUGAUCAAUAAAGAGAUUAAAAAAACAAA